AUGGAGAUGAGCCUGGAAGAUGAUGCCUGCUUCCCUGAGUCCUGCCUCUGUGCGUUUGGCCCCCUGCCGCAGCACCACGUUGCCAGAGACAAUACAAGUGGGAGACCCCCCGAAGGGCACGCCGGACGCACGGAGGCCAAGGCGGCUGCUCCCGAGAUGGCCCUGGACAUCGUCUCCGUGGUGGAGAAGGAGAACUUCGUGAUCCAAGAACUGAAAAAACACCUGCACCAAGUGCUCAAGUUCUCGGAGAACAGCCUCCUGCGCACCAAGCUGGAGGCCGAGAAGCAGCAGAAGGCGGACUUCCGGGCCUCGCAGGCCAGGCUGGCCAAGAUCCAGCAGGAGAUCCUGACGCUGCGCACGCAGUACCACAACCUGGUCACGGAGAACCGGGAGCAGGAGCAGGCUCUGAGGAAGAAGAAGUACAAAGUAGAGACGGAAAUAGAGAACUGGAUCCAAAAGUAUGACGCGGAGAUGAGUGAAAAGCAGACGGAACUGGAGGAGCUGGACGGCAUCCACACGGAGGAGCAACAGCAGGUGCAGGAGCUGCGGCAGAAGCAUGACGUGCUGGUGGAGGAAUUCAACCAGAUCCGCACGGAGCGCGAGGUCACGUCCCGGAAGAGGAUGGAGGCCGAGGAGCAGAUGGUCCUCAUGGUGCGCGCGGCCACGCUCAUCCAGGCCGUGUGGAAGGGCUACCUGGUCCGCUCCAUGCUCAAGUCCAAGAAGAAGAAGCGGGGCAAGGGCAAGGGCAAGAAGGGCAAGGGCAAGAAGUGA